AUGGCAACUCAUCUUGCUGCUGUUGCUCCGGCAAUGGGUGCACCUUUCGAGAUACAAUCCCGCCCUACACCGAAACCUGGCCCAGGCGAUGUCCUCGUCCAGGUCAAGUCUGUAGCCCUGAAUCCAGCGGAUCACAUCAUGCGUGAUUUGGGCAUUCACAUCCCCGAGUUCCCCGCAAUCAUCGGCUUCGACAUAUCAGGCGUGAUUCUCGAAGUUGGUGAGAAUGUGCCCAGUGCGAACGAUCAAGGCUCGGGUCCAGCCUAUCAACCAGGCACUCGUGUUGCGGCCUAUGCCGCAGCUGCGUUCAAGUCUUGCGACCCUGACUACGGGGCUUUCCAGGAGAAGGUCCUCGUUCCUUGGGAGCACGUUGCGCCUAUACCGGCCGAAGGUAUCUCGUGGAAUGAAGCUGCAACUCUGCCAGUUGCCAUCCAGGUGCCAUUGAGCGUCUGGGACGCCUUGGGAAUUCCACGGAGCGGCGGUGGCGGUGGCGUGUCCUCCAGUAAGAAGCCGAAGAAAGAAGCUCUGUUGAUCUGGGGCGCUUCCUCGUCGGUCGGCACUGGGGGAGUGCAGAGUGCGAAGCUGAUGAAAGAAGACGGCGACUCUCCUUUCGCAGCUGUCUACGCGACGGCUGGAGCGGCGAAUCAGAAGUACAUCAAUUCGCUGGGCGCAGAUCGCGUCUUCGAUUACAAAGACCCCAAUGUGGUGGACUCUAUCAUUUCAGCGGCCAAAGAGGACGGCGUCAUCAUUCGAUAUUGCUACCUCGCUAUGGGUCAGCUCGCGCAGUGUCAGGCUGUCCUGAAAGCCUUCGCUGGAGAUUCUCAUGAAAAGGCGAAGAUCGGCUCCGCACCACCGCUUCCUGAAGACGCAGAGGCAGUAGACGGGGUCGAAGCUAUGUUUGUGAUACCGGCCAUGGAAGACGAAGAGCAGCGACUGGCUCAGUUCAGAUAUUGGAUUGCGACAUGGCUGAGGGAGAAGCUGGCCAGUGGCCAGAUCAAGCCAAGUCCGGAGCCGACAGUGGUUGGCAGGGGGCUGGACAAGAUCAAUACUGGUUUGAGUCAACUGCAAAAGGGAGUGAGCUGUACCAAGUUGGUGAUCGAGGUGGGAGAGUGA